CAGGGCUAUAUAAGACACUCUUUAGUGCAAAUUAGUUUAGGUGCUUAGUUUCGACAUUAAAGGACAUCCUAACUUGCACAGAUCUUCUCGCUCAGCCAUGUCGGUCCGUCGCAGCAGUAAGACGUUCACCACUCGGAGUGUGUUGGGGUCAUCUUCCUCUGGUGCACUGGUCAUGAACGGAGUGGGGAGUUUAGGGGCCUCUUUGUCUUUUGGUGGACAAAACUACGGCAGUGCUGGGGGCUAUGGUGGCCGCCUCUCCAGAUCUUUGUCCACUUCAUCUUUGAUGACAGCUGGUCAUGGUUAUGAGGUCACGUUGCAUGGCAGUGAGAAGCAGACAAUGCAGAACCUCAAUGACCGCCUGGCUUCUUACCUGGAGCGGGUGCACACUUUAGAGCAGGCCAACAAGAAACUUGAGCUGCAAAUUAAGGAGUUCUAUGACAAAAAGAGUCCGCUGCAGGGCAAAGACAUGAGUGCUUAUUUCAAAAGCAUAUCAGAAAUCCGCACACAGAUUAACAGUCGUUAUGUGGAGAACGCUAAGCUCCGUCUGAGUCUGGACAACACCAAGCUCGCAGCUGAAGAUUUUCGGCUGAAGUAUGAGACGGAAAUGAAUCUGCGUUUGAUCGUGGAAGCGGAUUUGGCUCGACUGCGGGGGGUUCUGGGGGAGAUCAAACUCUCCGUUGGAGAUCUAGAGAACCUGCUUACUGGACUGAAAGAGGAGCUGCUGUUCAUCAAGAAAAACCAUGAAGAGGAUCUGCAUUUGUUGCGGCAGCAGCAAAGCGGUUCUGUUAAUGUGGAGAUGGACUGUGCAGGUCAGUCAAACAUUGACAAGGAGCUGCAGGAGAUGAGAGCGCAGUAUGAGAUGCUUAUUGAGAAAAACCGCAGAGAGGCUGAAAAAUGGUUCCAGAGCAAGGCGGAGGUGCUGCAGACUCAAGUGACCAGCAGCUACACUGAAAUCAAGACCUCUCAGACUGAGCUCACUGAUCUGAAGAGAACUUUCCAGAGCCUGGAGAUAGAACUACAGGGGGUUCUCACAAUGAAAAACAAUCUGGAGCAGAGUUUGGCUGAUGUUGGCAUGCGUCAUUCGGCCCAGCUGAGUCAGCUUCAGUUGCGUAUAGACCAGCUGCAGGAGGAGCUUCAGAGACUCAAUGCCAACAUCCAACAACAGGCUUCAGAGUACCAGAUACUGCUGGACAUCAAGAUGAGGCUGGAGAUAGAGAUCGCUGAGUACAGGAGGCUGCUGGACGGAGAAGCUCACGCGACCUUCAUAAGCACAUCAGCAUCUUCCACGACUAAAACUUCUGUGACAGAAACAGAAACUGUGACCAAGAUGGUGGAGAUACAGGAAGAGGAAGAGCAUAACCCUCACCUCCAGCGCCGAGUGAAGGUCAUUGUGGAGGAGAUUGUGGAUGGUAAAGUCGUAUCUUCUUCUGUUGAGGAGAAACUCCAAGAAAUUAGCUGAGAAGAUAAAGCAACAGCAAAAAAAGAAUAAAAAAAACUAAUUGUAAACUAGAGUAUAAAGAUAAAUGUUAACUCUAGGGUGACAAUACGUUCUCUUUUACCCUGGCAUACAUAUUAUCCAAAUAUGCAUACAUAUUAUGUAUGAAAGCUGUAGAAAGCAUGUCAACAGGAAAACAAAACCAAAUUAUGCAAUUUAGAAGUCUGACUUAGAGCAAAAGAGCUCUUAUUGUCACCCUAGUCAAUGCAAAGAUUAAACACAAUACCAGUCUUAAUUCUGUGACAAUAAAUUGGUAUUUUUGGGCUUUAA